AUGGCCAACGUUCGUGAAUGUUGUUGUACAUGGAGAAAAGAAUUCCAAGAAUUUGCAUUACGUGGAAAUAUAUUUGAUUUAGCAAUAGGAAUUAUCAUUGGAACAGCAUUUCAAAAUGUUGUUAAAUCACUUGUUGAUGAUAUUUUAACUCCUCCAUUUGGUUUAAUUUUUGAUGGAGUUGAUUUUAGUAAUUUAACAAUACCAAUGAGAAAUUUUCUUCGAAAAGAUCAACCACCUGUUGUUAUUCGUUAUGGCUUAUUUCUUCAACAAAUUAUUCAUUUAUUUAUUAUAGCUUUGAUACUUUUCUUCAUUAUGAAAUUCAUAAAAAGAAUUCGUGAAGCUGCACAUCGUCAAAGACAAGCUGAAAACUCAUCCAAUGAACCAUUUAUUUCUCCAAUUGAUGAAAAAUUGAAAGUUUUAUGUGAAAUUCGAGAUCUUUUACAAGACAAAACAAAUCUUUCGCAACGAUCAACAUCAAAUUUAAUUCAUUUGUAA